UAGCCAUAUUUUUCAAUAUAAAAUAAGCAUUUAUAAAGUAUCUACACUCAGUCGUUCAAUAACUGUUGGAAAGAAUCAAUUUAACAAUUCAAUUUGUUAGAAAUGAUAGACAGAAUAAUCUUCAGCUUAGCAGUUCUGGGAGCAGUUAAUCUUGUGAUUUGCCAUGCCACCGAAUUAAACACCGACGAAUCUGAAGCCAAAAAGUUCCUAAAUGAAACCAGUGAUAUGUUGUUUAAAAUUCACGACGAAAGCAUAAAUGGCUUAUUCAGCACAUUUCUAAAUGUUCAAAAUAAUGCUGCAAAUCAUAAGGCAGCAUCUUUGAAAAAGAUCGAAAAGGCUGCAAAUAAAUUUGACUUUAAGAACUUUAAAGACGAAGAACUGAAAUAUGCAUUUAAGACACUGCUUCAAGGAAUAGACCUUAAUGUAAUUAAAAGAAAACGUUUUUCAGAUCUAUAUGAUGCAUUGGAAGACAUAAAAGAUCUAAUUGACGAUCGAUUUAUCGAUGAUUUCCAUGAUCCUCAUAAUCAUGAGCAUUAUUUAAAUGAUAUUAUCGAAAAAAUUAUCAAAAAAUCUCAUGAUCUGAAAGAAUUGCAAUACUAUUGGGAGGAAUACAGGAAAAUAACUGGGGAUUGGGCGGAGCGUCACCUCUAUGAUAUUGUACUAAAGGCACUAAAAGACGCUGCUAAAAUUAAUCAUGUGACCGCUGUGGAAUUCUGGUUGCGAGGCUACAACAUUGCUGAUAUGGAAAGCCUGAUGACCGAUAUUAAGCCUCUCUAUUUGGAAGUUCAUGCUUUCAUCCGGGAUUUGUUGCGAAAGAAAUAUGGUGAAUCUGUAAUAGCAGCUGAUGGAUUAAUUCCUGAGCAUUUAUUUGAACAAGUUUUGCAUCAAGCUGGGACCAACGAGAGUGUACUUGAUGAAAUGUUCCCUUUUCAUAGCCUUCCUCCGGUUGAGUCUGUGAUGUCGGAGAAGUUUAAGGCCCAACAAUUAUAUGAAAUUGCCGAAGAAUUCUAUGGGAAUCUAGGGUUUGAAAAAUAUCCUGCAAGUGUUUGGGGAGAUCGCAUUAAACUAAAGACAACCGAAAAUGAUAGUCAUGAAGAUGACGAAGAUGACGACGAUGAUGAUGAUGACGAUGAUGAACAUAAAUCUGAUGGUAAUAAAGAUGAAAGUGAAAAUGAUAAGAAAAGUGAUGAGGAAAGUGAUGAGGAAAGUGAUGAAGAAAGUGAUGAGGAAAUUGAAGAAGAACGAUGCCAUCUCGAUCUUUCGUACUCUACUCAGGAUAUUCUUUUGAAAUUCUGUGAGAAAUUGAAAUUUAAAGAUUUUCUUCAUGCCUACGCUGUUAUGGGAUACCUACACUAUGCCAAGGAAAUGGUGGGUCUUCCAGCAUAUUUCUUUAAGGCACCGCAAGGCUUGGAACAUGCAGUUGGAAAAGCUAUGAUCUUAUCUGCAUCAACUCAUCAUAACUUGCAACAAAUCGGAAUGACGAAUGAUUCAAAAAUUACACCAGACAUUGAAAUUAAUAGGCUUUUGAGGAUGGCAAUUGUUAGCCUCAUUAACAUUCCAUCGGAUUUCGUUUUCGCAAAAGUUAUGGCUGAUCUUUUGUCGGGAAAUGUGAAAAAGUCAGAAAUUAGUAAGCACUAUUGGAAUCUAAUGGCAAACUAUGCUGGUGUUGGACCUCCAAAGGAUCAUGAGAUUUCUAAACAUGAUUUGCCUUACAAUUUUUACCUUAAAAUGGCUUAUAACGAUAUGUCAAGAGAUUUUACAACUGAUAUUUUGAGUUAUCAAAUUCAUAAGAAGUUAUGUGAGGUUAGUGGAAAAUAUUCCAAGGACCAACUUCAUUUAUGUGACAUAAAUGGAAACAAAGAUGCUGGAAAUGCCCUAAAAAAAAUGAUGCAAUUGGGUAGUUCAAAACCAUUUAAUGAAGUUCUUCGUACGAUGUUUCCCGAUGACCCAACUGUGAAGGCCGAAGGACUCUUAGAUUACUACAAUCCGAUCAAAAAGUUACUUGAGGAGAAGAACAAGAAGGCUAACGUGACACCUGGUUGGACAGAUUCGAAUUCCAAACAAAAUUAAAUCAAUUUUUAACUGGACAAUAGUACAUCGAUAUGAUGAAAGAUAAUGUUUUGAAAUGUUAAAGCUUUUGAAAUUGUUCACUGAUUUGAAUUUUAAAUACAUAUAAAUAAAUAUAUUAAUAUAAGUAUGUAUUAAAAAGAAAUUUUAACAAUAAACUUAUCAACUUCCCAAAGAAAGUAA